CUAGGUCGAGCCCACAAGCUGCUUCCAGUGGUCCUGGUUUGGCAGUACCUCAGUUUUUGGAACACUGUAAGUUACUGGUCAAUGAGGACUCGUUUGCUUGUAUGUUCGACCGCCUGGUUGCAGGGUGUGGUGAGAUUGUGAGCUGUUAAAUCGUAAAGGGUGUUUGAUCCACCGCAUGACCGAGUGUGGUGGGACGGAGAUGGUGAGAGUUAGGCAAUAGUUAGCACUUGUGGCUGUCCAGUGGACGUACCAGAGGUACUGGUACGAUCUCCUUGGGAUCAACAUCAGUGCCCACCAAGGGGUGGUUUUUGUGAGGAGGUGAUUAAUUCGAGUACAUGCAGCUUGUUCUAUGGACUGUGCGAGCUGCUGAGGGCGGGCAACUGUCGCAUUGACGUUGGAAUUGCAGUUCAGGUUGGUUCUCUCCACGGCCUUGCUAGAGAGCAUGUACGACGCUGCAUAAGACAUUGAGAAAAUCAAGUCUAGCAUAAGACUGAUGAACUUGGGAUUCCGGUAAUGAUAGAGAUGAGCUCGUCGGCGCUGCAAGCCUUGACGGUGUGAACCUCUAUAUAUCGCGAAUAAAAUUGCGUUUGUAGAAAACUUGUUGCCUCAGCCUUGUGUCUACAUUUGGAUCUCUCUCGGUUGUCGCCUGGUCUGGAUAACUACAAAAAAUAACUGUAGACAUGUCGAGCGACCCCGCUCGCUACUCAACGAGCAGUCUCACAGGCCAAUUUACGAGAGAGUUGAGACUGUAGAGGAACACGAGUUCAGAAGCCAAUAACCAUUCAGCAAUCUUCGACGGUUUUAAGUUUUAAUUUUGAACUAUGGAUUUUCGAAUUUCCGAGCUUCUGAUUCCGGCCAUCAGUGAACCGGUCGAGAGCGGGCAUUUGGCCUUUGCAACGUGCACAGUUUUAGUGACAUUGUUAAGCUGUGUGUUUCUGUUCAUUCGCUCGGGGACGUCGGUGAACCUCCCGCCUGGUCCGAAAGGUUUGCCAAUUCUCGGCAAUCUUCUGCAGAUGGGCUCACACCCGCAUCGCACCAUGACAGCCUUGCACAAAGUAUAUGGGCACAUUUUGAACAUUCGCCUGGGCUGUAUCCCUACGGUCGUCGUGGAUAGUCCCCAGCUCAUCGCAGAGAUCACAAAGGAGCAAGAUAAUGUGUUUUCGUCGAGGCCGCACAUGACCUUCACAGAAAUUUUGGCCUACGAUGCUCAUGACUUCGCUAUGGCCCCAUAUGGACCUCACUGGCGCCAUGUUCGGCGAAUCUGUGUGCACGAGCUGUUGACUCCUAAGAGGCUCGAGAACACACGCAAAGAGCGGAUUGAGGAGUCAAGGUGCAUGAUUAUGGAAGUCGCGGAGCGAGCUAAUAAAGGCGAGGUAGUGGACCUGAGGGAUGUUCUCGCCGGGGUGUCCAUGACAGUUAUGUGUCGCAUGUUGCUUGGGAGGCGGGAAUUUGCUGCGACCGGAAAGCAGCCAAAAGAUUUCAAGCAUAUCAUUCAUGAGCUGUUUCGGCUUAUGGGAGCGCUCAAUCCCAGGGAUUUUGUGCCGGCGCUGGGGUGGCUUGACUUGCAGGGAUUUGAGAGAGACAUGUACAAGCUGCGGGGCGAAUUUGACGAGGUUCUCGAUGCCAUCAUUCAAGAGCAUCGAGACUUGGAAUCUGGGAAGCUGCCUGGAGGAAAGAAGAACGAUUUCAUAAGCGUGCUGCUCGAUCUCCCGGGCGAGGACGGGGCACCCCACUUGGAUGACAAGACUAUAAAAGCUGUCACUAUCGAUAUGAUGGCAGGAGCAACAGAUACGUCAGCAGUGACGAACGAAUGGGCAAUGGCGGAAAUCAUAAGAAACCCUCAGAUACAACGAAAGCUACAGGAGGAGAUAGACUCCGUGGUAGGGCUUGAGCGCAACGUCGAGGAAUCAGACGUGAGCAACUUCCCCUACCUCAUGUGCGUAGUGAAGGAAACGUUCCGCCUCCACCCAGCUGGUCCAUUCGCAAUCCCACGGGAAUCAAUGGCAGACACCACCCUCAACGGCUACUUGAUCCCCAAGGGCACCCGCGUGCUCAUCAACAUCUACUCGUUGGGACGAAGCUCGGAGACGUGGGUGGACCCCCUCAUAUUCCAACCCGAGAGGUGGGCGAACGAGAACCUCACGGCCAUUCACGACUCUGGGUUCCGAAUCCUCCCAUUCGGCAACGGUAGACGGCAAUGCCCAGGGUACAACCUCGGCACCACCAUGGUACUCUUCACAUUAGCCCGCCUUCUUCACGGAUUCAACUGGUCCUUCCCCCCCGGCGUCACGUCAGACAGCAUCGACAUGGAGGAGCUUUACGGUUGCACCACGCCCUUGAGAACCCGCCUACGCGCCAUCGCCACCCCAAGGCUGGCUCCUCAUUUGUACUCCCAGUGAAGACACCCAACGACCCACAAACUCUCGUCCGUAUAUUCGUAUGAGCUGCGCGCCCCGAUCGCCGCAGCUGCGCUCUUCACAUCAUGAGAAGAACCUCCUCAAUCGUCGAAUUCUCUUCAUGAUGUGAAGGGCUUCCAAAUCUCGGGGCUACCUUUCAAAUCCCCUCCUCAGUAUUGUAAAUAGACCUGUUGUCGCAGAAAUAUUUGCCCCGUAACCGUAGAUUGGUCGUUCUUCAACUCAGCGAGCACGCCGCAACUCGUGAUUAUAGCGCUUUGUGGGUCAACCGCCGAUUAUCGAUUGGAGUCAACAUGGCGAUUAUACUAAUUCUUUAGUGCACAAAUGUAUCAUGAUAGAUGUGCGUCUUAAGUCGCCGCCGGAAUGCACUGUGGCUUUCUCGCCCCGUCGCUUGGGCUCGUCCUCCAACGAGAGGUUCCGCGGUGCAACGACGGCGUCGGUAGAUACGAUGGAGACGGCGCAAUUGGCCCUAAGCAUUGUCCAACAACCCGUUUGGUUUGUGUUGUUCUUUGUAUUCUUAUAGCAAUUAUAUUCUUUGGAGCAUUUGUCUAGUGUAUAAAUAAUAUUCUUGUUCUCUA